AUGGCGGAUAUCAAAGCAGUAGUUGGUCUCUCAUGGGAACCAAAGAUUCCGAAUUUUUCAUCGGAAACCAAAACUGGACUUACAGUUGAUGCAAAACCUCAAGAAACCAAUCACCUUUGGAAACCCGCCACACAGCUUGUGGAUGGCCUCUUUGUGCCACCAAAUAACCCCAAAACGCUGAACAAGUUGCAGAGGAAGCAACUCAAAGACACGACUGGCUCGAAUUGGUUUGACAUGCCUGCACCAACCAUGACCCCAGAGUUGCAGAAAGAUCUCCAAUUACUCAAGGUACGUGCGGUACUAUAG